UAGUGUGACUAUUGGGGUUACACGAUUCAGCUAUACAUCUUUACUCGGCUGGUUAAUUAAAUUCGGCCGACGAUAUAGUUAGAAGAAACAUAAACAUAUUUAACCCAAAACAAAUUUAUGAAUAUUACAUUAUUGAUCAAAUUGUGAGUUUGAUCGUAACCAAACAGCUAGAAGGAUGUCGGUGCGUGCUGUGGCACGGCCAUUACCGUUGAACUCUCUUCAUAUUCCCUCCGACCAACUGCUACGACAAGACAUUUCCCAUCUCAACUCCCUCAUCACCUCCCAUGUCCGCCGUGGUGACCCUUUCUCCGCCUGGAGCCUCUUCCGCUCUCUCCGCCGUCUGCGUUCAGACAUCGAUGCACAUACCUUCACCCCUCUCCUGCGUCCAUCUCCUCUCUUACUCGUCCCCCAACUCGGUAAACAUCUACAUGCCCAGAUGGUUAGAACCGGUGCGGAUUCUGGGACCGUGGCGAAAACCGCACUGUUGAACAUGUAUUCACGAUAUGGGUCUUUGAGUGAGUCCAUCAAGGUGUUUGAUGAAAUGGGUCACAGAGAUGUUGUUGCUUGGAACGCUUUGCUUUCGUGUUAUUUACGGUGGGAUCUUCCUGGUGAGGUGAUUGGUGUUCUCAGGGAAAUGGGGAGGGAGAAUGUUGAGAUCAGCGAGUUUACUUUGUGUUCAGUGUUGAAAUGUUGUGCUUCUUUGAAGGCGGUGGAGCUUGGUAGGCAGGUUCAUGGUUUGGUGGUGUCUAUGGGGCGUGACUUGGUUGUUUUGAGCACUGCUCUUAUUGAUUUUUAUUCCGGUGUCGGGCGUGUUGAUGAUGCUUUGAAAGUUUUCUCUAGUUUGAAGGGUUGGAAGGAUGACAUGAUGCAUAAUUCAUUGGUUUCUGGGUGUAUUAGGAAUAGAAGGUAUGCUGAGGCAUUUGAAGUUAUGAGCUUGGUGAAGCCCAAUGCUGUUGCACUCACUAGUGUUCUUGUGGGUUGCUCUGAGAAUUCGGAUUUGUGGGCAGGGAAACAGAUACAUUGUGUUGCUCUUCGUUGGGGUUUUACUCUUGAGACCCAACUAUGCAGUGCCCUGUUGGACAUGUAUGCGAAAUGUGGGAAUAUUUCGCUUGCUCGGUCACUGUUUGAUGGAAUCUGCCACAAGGAUGUUAUUUCCUGGACUUGUAUGAUUGAUGCAUAUGGAAGACAUGGGCAUGGGCAUGAAGCUGUUGAGCUGUUUCGGAAGAUGAGGGAGGAUGGAAGCAAGGUGUUGCCAAAUUCUGUGACUUUUUUGGCUGUCUUAUCAGCUUGUGAUCACUCUGGACUAGUGGAGGAAGGCAGAGAGUGUUUCAAUUUGAUGAGGGAGAAAUAUGGUCUUGAACCAGACCCGGAGCACUAUGCAUGCUUCAUAGAUAUCUUAGGACGAGCUGGUAAUAUAGAAGAAGUAUGGUCUGCAUAUCACAACAUGAUUGAGCAGGGUACUAGGCUUACUGUGGGAGUGUGGAUAGCAUUGUUGAAUGCUUGCAGUCUCAAUCAGGAUGUUGAAAGAGGUGAAUUUGCUGCAAAGAAUCUCUUGCAGUUGGAACCCAAUAAAGCUAGCAAUGUCGUGCUUGUAUCCAAUUUUUAUGCAGCCAUUGGUAGGUGGGAUUGCGUUGAUGAAGUGAGAAGCAUCAUGAGGACAAAAGGAUUGGUCAAGGAAGCUGGGAAUAGCUGGAUCAGUAGUGAUGUGGGAUUCAAUCUACAUGCCAGGUCACUAACUGCUUGAUUGUUCACCUUGACAAUUGGUAACUAGAGAUUUUCCUGCUACUGGGUGAUUCCUGCAGGAAGGACAAUUGACCCAGACAAUCGGAGUGCGCACUUCGAUCCACUCUGCGCUUAGGAAUUCGAGUGACAUUGACUGAACUUGGGACGCUUCGAGCCUUCGAUCUCUUCAUAUACGAAGAGAUACGAAACAGACCAAGGGACACACUAUCUAACCUAACCCCUAUACACUAUAUAUUCUUGGUAAUUUGAGCGUUAGAGUGUCUUCCGCCAGCAGAAUGCAUCACAUUCACACGAACGUCGGAUGAGCAGCUACUAAGCAUGAAGCAACCUCCAAGCAGGGAGCAUCACCACCAUUGUCACCACUAUAUAUGAAGAGUUACACUCGACUUGUAGUUAAUAAUUGAGUGAAGCUAUUCUGUGCGAAGAAUUAAUGCAAAAACAAAGAGGAAUAUGCUUUCAACCAAUCAAAUUGGUUUUACAUUUCGCCGAAUAAUCUUCGUACUAAUUAGGAUUUUCCUUAAUAGUUAAUUCCUUUAAUUAAACUAAUUUACUUUGUUUUCCUCUUG